AUGGCUUCCGAGGCAGCAUCCCAAAUCACUAUUGGGGCUCUAAGUGCCAUCUUUGAUGAAACCAAACCCCAAGUACCAGAGCCGAUUGUUCAAUGCGUUCAGAUCAAGACAUUGCCAUCUCCGCCGAACCAACCAGAACGUUACCGGGCUGUUUUCAGUGAUAUUGCGAAUUAUGUCCAAACGAUGAUUGCUACUCAAGCCACUGGGGUGGUGAAGGAUGGGUCUCUUCGGAAGGGCUGUUUCGUGCGACUCACAUCAUUUCAGUCAAAUGUUGUCAAAGGAAAGAAUAUCCUCGUCAUCUUGGGCCUUGAAGUUCUAACGGAACUGGGCGAGGCUGAAAAAAUCGGUGACCCCAAACCACUUGCAGUCAAAUCCGAGGAAGAGGAAGUGGGUCAACCGACAACAAUAUCCAGCAAUGGGUUUUACGGCUCCAAGAUGGAGGGUGCACAGGCUCAGCCAAAUAGCCGAGCCCAGCCAAUCUCUGCCCCUAUGUCUACUUCCUCCGUCCAUGCCACAAUCUACCCGAUUGAAGCCGUCUCCCCGUAUUCCAAUAAAUGGACGAUCAAAGCGCGAUGCACGAACAAGUCCGCCAUCAAGACAUGGCACAACAAGAAUGGUGAGGGUAGACUGUUCAGUGUGAAUUUACUGGACGACAGUGGUGAAAUUCGUGCAACUGGUUUCAAGGAACAGUGUGACAUGCUCUAUGAACUCUUCCAGGAGGGCAGCGUUUAUUAUAUUUCGACUCCAUGUAAGGUCCAAAUUGCCAAGAAACAGUUCUCAAAUCUCAACAACGAUUAUGAACUUGUAUUUGAGAGAGAUACCGUUGUUGAGAAGGCUGAGGAGCAAAAUGAUAUCCCUCAGAUUCGAUACAACUUCACCACCGUUGCUGAUUUGCAGACCGUUGAAAAAGACACGACCACUGAUGUUAUUGGCGUUCUGACGGAGAUUGGGGAGGCAUCCCAGAUUGUAUCGAAAAGCACCGGCAAACCUUACGAGAAGCGUGAGCUUACACUGGUCGAUAACACAGGAUUCUCUGUCCGCUUGACAAUUUGGGGUGCAACUGCACAAAAUUUCAGUGUGACACCCGAGUCUGUUGUUGCCUUCAAGGGAGUCAAGGUUUCUGACUAUGGCGGAAGAAGUCUGAGUCUUCUGAGUUCCGGCUCGAUGACUGUUGACCCUGACAUCGGGGAGGCUCACCGACUCAGAGGUUGGUAUGAUGCCCAAGGCAGAUCGGAAACCUUUACAUCCCAUGUGUCAAAUGCGACCAACUCCAUGGGCAAAAGGGAUCCCUUUAAAACCAUUGCGCAAGUUCGCGAAGAGCAGCUUGGCAUGUCUGAAACUUUUGAUUACUUCUCUCUGAAAGCAACUGUGAUCUUCAUCAAGCAGGAUAACGUCUGGUGCUACCCUGCCUGCCUUUCUGACAACUGCAACAAGAAGGUAACGGAACUUGAUCCAGGACAGUGGCGGUGCGAAAAGUGUGACAAGACCUACCCCAAGCCAGAGUACCGCUACGUCCUGCCUAUUAGUGUCGGUGACCAUACUGGCCAGCUUUGGCUCAGCUGUUUUGACGACACUGGAAGGAAAAUUAUGGGCACAUCUGCCGAUGACCUAAUGCAACUUCGCGAAGACGAUUCCAAUGCUUUCGGUGAAGUCUUCCAAACAGCGAAUUGCCAGACCUGGAACUUCAGGUGCCGAGCCAAGACAGAUAACUUUGGCGACCAGCAGCGGGUGCGAUAUCAGGUCUCAUCCUGCCAGCCGAUCAAUUACUCGGAAGAAGCCUCUCGCCUUGCCGAUAUCAUUGACUCGUACAGCAUUGAGCAGGGAAUUCAGUCUCGUGCUCUUUAUCUUUUGGUUCAUUCUAAAAUACUCAUCAUGGGUAAGCGAAGCCAUCUUGAGCCAGCUGAGCAGCGACCGAAGAAAAAGUCCAAGUCUGAGAAGUCUGAGAAGUCCGAGAAGCCCUCAAAAGCUUCUAAAGAUAAGCAGGAAAAUGGCGAUGAGAAGACAGCAGCUUAUUCUGAUGCGUCUGCUCUAUCCGAUAUCCCUCAGUCAGACAUUGACGCUUUUUUGACCGAGAACGUGAUUAAAGUCUCUGAUCCCUCCUCACCCGACGCCACACAAUUCCGCCCAAUCCUUUCGUUUGAUCACCUACCUAAAUGUGACGCUGGCCUGUACACUCAGUUGAAGUCUUUCCCCGCGCCGACACCGAUUCAAUCCACCACCUGGCCGCUUCUUUUUGCCGGCCGUGAUGUGGUCGGUAUCGCAGAGACUGGAAGUGGCAAGACACUUGGCUUUGGCUUGCCGUGUCUGAAGAAAUUGAUUGACUCCAAGUCAAGCAAGCCUUGUCAACCCAAGGCAGUGGUUAUCUCGCCAACACGAGAGCUUGCAAUGCAGAUUUAUGACCAGCUUGUUAAAUUCGGCGGCACUGAGAAGACUCGGGUGACAUGCAUUUACGGAGGUGUGGGUAAAGAUGAACAGCGUCGGGCUCUUCAAAAGGCCGCCAUUGUGGUCGCCACCCCUGGCCGUCUUAAGGAUCUCCUGAAUGAUGGUUCGAUUGAUCUUGGAAAGGUCACCUAUCUCGUCUUGGAUGAGGCAGAUCGCAUGCUUGACAAAGGAUUUGAGCAGGAUAUCAAGGACAUCGUCAAGCCGAUGCCCGUCUCCAAGAGACAGACUGUUAUGUUUACGGCAACAUGGCCUCGGUCCGUUCGAGAUCUCGCGGCAACCUUUAUGAAGAACCCGGUAACUGUUACCAUUGGCGGAGAUCCAUCUGCCGAUCCCCGAGCCAACCUAAGGAUCAAGCAAGUCGUCGAGGUUGUUGAUGGCCGAGACAAGGAGAGCCGACUCAUGCAGCUGCUCACUAAAUCCCAGCGUGGUCAUCAGUCGCCCGAGAAAGUCCUGGUUUUCUGCCUCUACAAGAAGGAGGCUAUGCGCAUCGAGAAUCUCAUCAGAAACAAGGGAUUCUCUGUCGCCGGUAUUCACGGUGAUUUGAACCAAUCAGAUAGAUUCCGAAAUCUUGAUGCUUUCAAGAACGGCAAAGCUACCAUUCUUGUCGCAACCGAUGUGGCGGCGCGUGGCCUUGAUAUCCCGAACGUGAAGCUGGUGAUUAAUGUCACUUUCCCUCUUACCGUUGAGGACUACGUGCACCGGAUUGGAAGAACUGGGCGUGCUGGGGCUGACGGCCUUGCCAUCACAAUGUUCACUGAAACUGACAAGGGACUGUCCGGCGGAUUGAUCAAUGUUCUCAAGGCAGCUAAGCAAGAUGUGCCAGAAGCUCUGUUGAAGUUUGGCACAACAGUCAAGAAGAAGCAGCACGAUGUGUACGGCGCCUUUUACAAGGACGUUGAUAUGGACAAGACAGCGACAAAGAUCACAUUUGACGAUUAAUUGGGCUCAUUCCGACUUGGUAUUUUUGCUGGAGGAUUUGGAGGACAA